AUGGGCAUCUGGACCGACGAGCUCGACAAGACGUGGCUUGAAGAGCUCGUUCACCAAGCGGUCGUCUUGGGUAACAAGUCCAACAGCGGCUUCAAAAAGGAAGCUUGGACUGCGUUAAAGUCGAGGUACGACACGAUCAAGGGGAUGUAUGGUGUGGUCGUCAAGCUCGCCAAUUCCAGUGGAUGGGAUGGAGUCAUCAAGGUGCCGUGUCAAAUGCUUGUCAACAACGUGGGAUGA